CAGUUGUGUCAGUCGAUCAUCAAAGCUAUCAAACAUGAAGUCUGCUUUGGUUAUCGCAUCCGUUCUUUUAGCCGGCGUGGCUUUCGAAGUCACCGCCCGGAACGUCUAUUAUGACAACCAAAACCAGCGUGAAAACAACGACCAGUGGGCACGUUUUCAACAAGGGGACUCCAGCGAGGAAUCUGCAGAACCAAAUUUCAAUGAAUUUCAAAACAACAACAAAUUCAGCAACGUCCAAAGCAACUAUGAAUCAGAAUCUACUUUUGCCGACCGUUCACGACAAAACAACCAAAACGACGAGACCUACUUCGGUUUCAACCAAGAAUCGAGUCAACAACAACAACGUACGAGCCAAAACCAAUUCGCGGCUGUCGGUCAGCCCGAAGGACUCACCAAGGUAAUGGUCGAAAAAAUCGCCGCCAUUCAGAAAAUUGCCGUCGAACAAAAUAUCGCCGACAGUGCCGAUUUCUUGGAUGCCGCGGUCACCGUCAACCAAAACUCCGUCAAAUUCCCAAAACAUAAUUACGUGUCGUUCUUCAACUCAACCAUGAAGAACCUCGACAACGGUGACUUAGAAUACAUGUACCUGAACCCCGAAAAAGAUGCCGUGUUCGCCCAAUACCAAUUCAACGAGAUCAAAACCGUCGGAUCGUUCAAGUCCAACAUCGCCCACGCUCAUUCGGGUUACUACACGAUCGUCAUGAACAAUGUGCUCAGCAACUUGUCUACCGGAUUCUACGACGACAAACACGCCGUGAUCAAGGCAGCCAAAUUCCAAUACGCUGACGCCAACAUCAAGACCCACGACGGUUCCGAAACACAAGUGUUCAGCCCGGCUCUGGAGCAAAAAUAUUUGGGAGUAUUGGCCAACGCCGUGUCCAACGAAGUUAUGAAAUCCGCCAACAAAGGUGCACUUGUCCAUAUUAAAAACGAAAUCCGUAGACCAAUCGAAAUUAACGUCGCUAGAAAGUUCACCAACAAGCUUUUCGACUUGAGAUGGCAGGAGGAUCAAGUCACCAUGGAGAUGACUAACAUCGGUUUCAAGAACUCCGAAGAGCUGAAACAGGCAACCGAACAUUUAUUGAGCUCUGUCACUUUCGAAAGGAAAUCCCAAGACUCCUACAGGAUGCGUUACGACUUCGCCAUUAACAACCUGGAAUGGACUUCGGCUCUGAACGUCAUGACGGCUAGUAAGAGGAUGACCACAGAUCCAAUAAAAUUCACCAUCGAAAAAUUAAACAUCAAAGUUUACGUCGACAAGUCCGUGCACAACCAACAACAACAACAAUCGAAUGGCAAGGCUUACACCAAAGUAGAAGUACGAAGUCUUCAUUACAACUUGAAGCACGUCCAGUCUGAACUUGUGUCCAUUCUUGAAAACAACCUCCAACGUUUCAUGGAACUUUCUUUUGGAUCUUACCUUCAAGAUUCAUUGGUACAAGAAUUAAUCAACUCCAACCGUCAAUAUUAAGUUAACUUAUUUAUUUUUAAACCUAUUUUUUUUUUUUUAAUAAAUUAUUAUAGAGUAAGCAAUAGUAUAAACGUUCAAAAUAUUAUUUCCUUUAAUUUUUAAUUUUACAAUAGUCUUAUAGUUUUAUUAUAUACAAAAUAAAUUUAAUAUCUAAUAAUACACCAAAUCAACUUGUUU